UCACGCAUUCCUCAAAUGGUUGCUCAAACAUUGGGUUUCGGCCAAAAACAUGAUGCAACUGUUGAUAUACCGUUGGAUUCAAUGAAUGAUCCUAAGAAAAAGGAGAAGGAACUUGCAGCUUGGGAAGCAGAUCUAAAAAGGAGAGAACGUGAAAUUAAACGAAGGGAAGAUACUGUUUCCAGUGCUGGUGUCCCGUCAGAUGAUAAAAACUGGCCUCCAUGUUUCCCAAUUAUUCAUCAUGAUAUAGGCAAUGAAAUUCCUGUUCAUGCUCAGAAGUUGCAGUAUUUGGCUUUUGCAAGUUGGUUAGGUGUAAAAAUAUUUUUCCUGGCAAUAAUCUAUGCUCUACUUGGAUGCCCUCUUUCAUAUGUCCUAUGGUAUAGGCCACUUUACCGUGCAAUGAGGACGGACAGUGCAUUGAAGUUUGGUUGGUUUUUCCUGUUCUACUUGCUCCACAUUUGUUUUUGCAUAUUUGCUGCUAUUGCUCCUCCUAUCAUCUUUCAUGGAGAGUCAUUGACGGGCAUUCUUGCAGCAAUAUCAGUCUUCUCUGAUCAUGUGUUGGUGGGGAUUUUCUACUUAAUUGGAUUUGCCUUGUUUUGCUUGGAGACACUUUUAAGCUUGUGGGUACUUCAGAAAAUCUAUAUGUACUUCCGAGGUAACAAGUGAUGCACGAAUCUGGGUUGUGGUUUCCAUUCGGAUGUUUUGUGUUACUGUUUUGUCGAGCUCCUCAGUAUAUUCUUCCUUCCCUCCCUUUUCAUCAGUGAAAUAGUUGAUUUGAGUUUUGAGAGACUGGUUGACAUACAUGCAAUAUGUUGUUUUUUUUUUUUUUUUUUUUGGGGGGGGGGGGGGGGGUGUUCUAUAUUCUAUAGGUUAUUCUCUCCCUUUUUCCAGCCAUUGAAGAACCUUGUAUGUUCUUACUUCUCAUGUUUUAGUGAUCGGAUCAUGCUUGGCUACUAUAGCUGCUGCUUUCUUUCAAUACAUAUUUAUGGUUUUGAGUAGACCACAAUUGAUCGUCCAAUCAUCCUGUAUCCCGAGCCUUCAUCAUAUCAAACAAGGUUUUUUUGCAA